GCGAUUUUGAAACCUACGCCACUGUCCACUUGCCUGUUGGGUUGGCUGCCUUGAUCAAAUCGUGCCUCCUAAGUGCCCUGAAGCAGCUUCCGGAACGGUGUCAACCGCUUGCAGAACACUGUAGAGGCAAUAUACCACGGAAGAGCACUGUGGUGGCUCGUGAAAACACCGAUCACUGCGAUCUGUGAUUGAAGUGCAUAUCGAGACACAUACACGUUCCGCAAAUCCCCUUGCUGUCCUCCCACACCAACAAAAGCUCCGUUGGGACCAGAUUGGACAUGGUAGAGGACAGAAAAAUGCAUUUUGGGCAAGCUACAACCAGCGGCAUGAGCAGCUUCGAACCCACUACCCAGGAAUCUCUGACCAGGAUAGCAUUGACAGGAUUCCUGUUUAUAGCAGUGGACAUAGCAAUUAGCAAUGGGCCCAUACGUCAGUGGAUGCAGCGCCACUUUAGAAGCUGGGCGGCACCUGGCGUGAAGCUGGCUGAGGUGGACAAGGCCGUGCCCCACAUCAGCACGCGCAUCGUCAGCUCCCUCCAUAUUCUUAUACAGAUUCCACUGGCGAUCAUAGUGCUGCUCAGCCCAGACCUGCAGGCAGACAGGCUCUACUCCAAGAGCCCGCUGACGUGGCAGUUAGUCACCACGACAGCAGGUUACUUUGUGUACGACCUGUAUGUGCACACAGUGCGGUACGAAUACACCGCCAAUUUGGUGCACGCUGCCGCCGCGCUGUCCGUGUUCCUGACGGGGAUUUACUGUGGCGUGCUCCAUUACUACGGCGCGAUGUUCCUGCUGUGGGAGUGCAGCACGCCCUUUGUGUUCAUGCGCUGGGUCCUGCACACGCUCGGCCGCACCAAGGACAAGUUCUACCUCUACAACGGCCUCACCAUGAUGGCCGUCUUCUUCCUCUGCCGCAACCUGCUGGGUGUCGGCAUGUCGCUGGAUUUCUGGCGAGUUAGCGGCGCUGAGCUGGCGCACCCGCGGCCCGGGGGCGUUCCUGCAUCGGCGCUGUGGCUCAUCCGGGGCCUCAACCUGGUCUUCAACUUCUUAAACUUCCUCUGGUUCUCCAAGAUGCUCCGCGGCGCCAUCAAGGUGCUGCAGAAGAGCCCGGCAGCCAUGGAGGCCACAGCCGAGGCGCAGGUGGCGCUGUCAGAGAGCAAGAAGAAGCACGAGGAGUGA